AUGGAUCAGCACAUUGAACAAUUUGUCAAAGCCUGUCGAGGAUGCACGUUGGUUUCCGCUCCUGGUCCACCAGAACCAAUGGUCCGAAAGGAACUCCCAUCACGACCAUGGGAGCAAAUUGCUGUUGACUUCCUUGGACCGCUGCCAGACGGAGAGAAUUUGUUUGUAUGCGUUGAUUACUACAGUAGAUACCUCGAAGUAGUGGAAAUGCGAGAAAUCACCACGGCAUCUACAAUUGAACAAUUGCUAAUAAUAUUUUCUCGAUAUGGACUGCCAGUUUCGAUAAGGGCAGAUAAUGGACCUCAGUUUUCAUCCGAAGAAUUUCGUUUAUUUUGCGAGGAACAAGGAAUUCGUCUGGUUAGUACUAUUCCUUACUGGCCUCAAAUGAAUGGGGAGGUAGAGCGUCAGAACCGCUCUAUUCUUAAACGAUUGCGUAUUGCACAAGAGCUUGGGAAGAAUUGGCGGAAGGAGCUUCGUCACUACUUACUUACGUAUCAUUCCGCAACACAUCCAACAACAGGAAAGUCUCCAUCGGAAAUGAUGUUUGGACGACGUUUACGUACGAAGCUACCCUGUAUUCCUGUUGAGAUAGCCGUAGAUGAAGACGUUCGAGAUCAUGACAGAAUUCAGAAAGAAAAGGGUAGGGUGUAUGCUGAUCGUUGUAGAAAGGCAAGAUCCAGCAGUAUUGAUGUUGGUGACCUAGUUUUGGCGAAGCGUUCAAAGAAAGAUAGUAAGCUAAGUUCUGAUUUUUCCCCUGAAGAGUUCACCGUUACAAAAAAGCAGGGUACUUGUGGAAACCACAUAAUGCCAAGCUGA